AUGCCUAUCAACGACAAAAUCGAAAUUGAAGAACUUAUUGCUACACAAAGCGUAAAAUACCCUUUGUAUGUCAUUGAUGAAGCACCACUUGAUGAUUGUGCUAUGGACAAUAUCAUUCAAACAACAAAGCGAGAGCGUUUACAAAAACAAAGACUUAGUCGUGUCGAACACGAACUUCGUUUUUUUCAGCAAUGUCCGUCUGUGGUUAUUGUAGAUGACGAUUGCGACGAGAAUAAUCACGAUGAUUGCUAUAGCGAACAAUCCUACGCUACAGCCACCUCAUCAAUGUGUUCGCCUAUGCUAUAA